CCCGGCGCGCGCGCGACCUCAGGCCCUCACCCAGUCCCUCCCUCCCUCCCUCAUAAUUUCCAUUUUCCUUCGGCAUCAGGCUUCAAAAAACCCUAGCCUCCACAGGACCACUCUCCUCUCUCUCUCUCUCUCUCUCUCUCUCUUCCUACGAGUCUCGAUCUCAUCCUGCGACAGUCCCUCCGAUCUCACCCUGACCCAGUACCCCUGACCCUGAUCCAUCCCCCCCCCCCCCCCGACUCUCGUCUCUCUCUCGCCGAGUCGCCGGGCGACCUCAACCUGACCCAGCAACCACCUCCGCAGGCAGCGGUCGACACGGGUUGUUCCCUUUAUAUAUAUUUUGGCUAGGAAAACUGAACCAUUCUAGCUCCCAUGGCUACUGAUGCAGUUCUUCAAGAUCAAAGGAAACGCACUUUGGAGGCAUUGGAGCGGAGGUUUGCUGUUGAGCACCUUCUUCAACAAAAGAAGAGCAGAAAGAGUGUAAAUGAAGGAGACAAAAAAGAACCUAAUCGGACAAAUUCUUUCAUUGCUUCUUCGGCAGAUAAAAUUGAUGCAACGGUCACUCCCUCAUUGGAUGCUUCAUCCAAGAAAGAUCCUGAAGAGAAUGCCCCGGCAUAUUCACAGCUCUCUCAACCUUUACAUGAGAAUCUGCUGGGAACCAGUAGCAAGCUUGCUUCUAGAAAAGGACAAAUGGCUGAUAAGAUUUUACAUGAGCUUCUUCAGAAUGGUGAUGUGGCUCUGAAGUACAUACAGGGGUCCAGAAGCAUAAAAAUGGACAAUUGGAUCCUUCUUGAUAAUUUUGUACAAGGGCGUGGUGUAUCUACUGGUUCUAGGAUUAGGGCUUUGCAGACCCAUUCAAAACGUUCUAAAAAACACAUGUCCACGAAAGAACUUAAAAAAUGCGGAUCCUUUGAUUUGCCCCAAGAACUUCAUAAGUUUGAUGUUUUUAGGCCAAUGCAUGAAAUGUGGAAAGGCUACAUGAUGCAACUGCUUAAAACCUGUGGGAGAAAUCAGUUGGCUCAAUUUAUUCUCGAUGCAGAUUUACAUGGUGCUAUAAUUCUAGUUGCUGAUUGUAAGGUAACUUCUUUCAAAGGAGUGUGCGGUAUCAUGAUUCGUGAAACUGCAGAAACAUUUGGGAUAAUCACACAAGAUGAUGUUUUCCGAGUUGUGCCCAAAAAUAAUACAGUCUUUAUUUUCCAAGUUGAUUGCUGGAAAGUUACAUUGCUUGGGGACAAACUCACUUCAAGGAAUUUGGGCUUGUGAUCCGACAUUGUUUACAUCCAAGGAAAGCACAGAAACUUGAUGGCCUCAUUUAGAGAUUCAGUCAUGAUCAAGUUCUAUAAAAAAUUAAAGAGUCUUUGGGUGAAAGAACAAUCACGUCAUUUCCUAUUCUUUGGUUGGGGUGGGUUGUUCUUGUGAGGAUAAUUGAUGUGGCAAAUUUUGGUUACCAGGCAGCUGAGAGAGUUUGGUAACGACUUUUUACCUAGAGAACUAUGACGAGAAACGAUAGUUGUAGUCAUAAGUGCUCAAGUGGUGUGCAAGUGGUGUGCAAUCACUUUGAAAAAAAGUGAAUAAAUACGGAACUCAUGAAAAAAAUUAAUUUUUUAAUGGUAGAUUCUACUCUUUUUCAAAAUGACUACAUGACGCUUGUACACUCCAUUACUGCAUAUAGCAUUACUCAACUAUGACAGGAAGGACAACCCUUCUCCAAGUUGAUUGCACAACCAUUUGGUUUUAUACGGCGCUUUACAACAUGUUACUAGGCAUCAAAUACUAAAUAGGCAUAGCAAAUGUUGUUGCUAACAAUGUAUUGUUUUUUUUUUUUCUCUUCAUAUAUAUUUUUCUUUGCUGUUAUAGCUAUGAUCUGCUCGCUAGGGCCAUUUUUUUAAAAUAUUAAUCCUAAUUAUCUAAUAAAAUAGCAACUUUCUUCUUAUU